CGCGCCACGUCGUGUAACUACCCUGCGUCACGCGUGUUACGCUCUUAUAACUACACACCACGCACACUACUUGUGCUCACGUAAACGUGCAACUUAUAAUUCGUUAAUUUAUUCCGGUUGCCAUAUUAUGUUAAAUAUUCAGUACUUUACGGAGUUGUGAUAAGUUCACUUAUAGUUUCUAGUGGAAAUACUUUAAACAAUGUUUUGGCGGGUGUCGGCAGUAAGCCCGGGAGUGUAGAGCCCGGGAGCGGAGUGGACCACGCACCAGAUGACAACACGUGUCCAACAAUUGACUGCCUAGAACGUGACUCUUCAGUCAGAGUUCACCUUAUGAAGAUUUCACCACCUGCCUAUGGCUAACUCUUGGACAAGUGAAAGAUUUGAACAUAGUUAAUAACAUGCACGUUAUAGAAAGAUAUCUUACGCCUUAAAAAUAAUCAAUUCAAGACUACGAAAGUCCCUUCACAAUAAACCAUACGAUUUUAUAAUUGGCUAUUCAAAGAUGAACACUAACAGAAUUAUUGGUAUGAACAAUAUUAAAGAAAUAGUAGAGAGGUAAAUAGUUAUAAUCCAUGGGCCUCGGAACUAAAACAUACAAACUUCCCGUCCAAACCUAUUAAACAAAUUGAUUCUUAUAGUUCUUGGACGUGUAAUGACGUUUAUGAAACGUUGUGCAAACAACUGACUAAACAAGUCAAGAUAAUUUAAUGUAAUCAAUUCCAAAUAUUCGCAAUUCUUUCGCAUUUUCAUCAAAACACUAACUCGAUAUAUACCCCACAUCUGUAAGCUUGUAACUCCUCCUUUAUUGGCUCAGUGAUCUUUCCUCUCGGCUACAUACUCCCUACAUAUAAAAAACUAGAGCUGCAACAGUGGACUACAUGGUCAAAUGCGAAUUUAUCGAUUCGGUGUUUUGAUGAAAAUAAAGUAAAGAAGCCAUCUUACUGUUUCCAACGUGCUGCAAGUGCUGUAAGUGAGUGUUAGUGAGUGGAGUGCAGUGAGUGGAGUGCAGUGAGCAUGUAGCCAUGCCGGCUCGGGAAUUGAACGUCUCCUCUUGCGAUGCUCUCGUCGAGAGCGUUGUGUGGGACGAUCCCCGGGCCCUGACCAUCCUCACAGUGAUCGCGUUCAUAGACAUGAUGGUGAUCGUCGGCAACUGUCUAGUCAUCGCCGCAGUCUACAUGUCGUCCAAGCUGCGCUCCGUCACCAAUCUCUUCAUCGUCUCCCUCGCCGUAGCCGACCUCAUGGUGGGACUGGCCGUCCUCCCAUUCAGCGCCACCUGGGAGGUCUUCAAGGUGUGGAUAUUCGGUGAUCUGUGGUGCUCUGUGUGGCUAGCAGUGGAUGUGUGGAUGUGCACGGCGUCCAUACUCAACCUGUGCGCCAUCUCAUUGGAUCGCUACGUAGCAGUCACUCGUCCUGUCACCUACCCCAGUAUCAUGUCCAUGGGCCGCGCCAAGAUACUCAUCGCCAGCGUGUGGGUCCUGAGCUUCGUCAUCUGCUUCCCGCCACUACUGGGGUGGCGCGAGGAAGAGCCGGUCUACAACACUACGGUCAGGCCAAGAGUGUUGGUCACCAAGAACGAGACCGUCCUAUCCACAGGCAGGCCACUGACACCUGGUGGAGCGACUAUUGUAAACGCCCCGGCUACGUAUGAAAUUGUGCAGUACCCGCACUGUCCUUGGAUCUGUGAGCUCACCGAUGAGACGGGGUACGUUAUAUACUCCGCGUUGGGCUCAUUCUAUCUCCCUAUGCUCGUCAUGUUGUUCUUUUAUUGGAGGAUUUAUCGAGCAGCUGUGCAAACUACAAGAGCGAUAAACCAAGGAUUCCGGACUACCAAAGGAGCCAAAAGCGGUAUCGGAAACCGUUUUGACGAACAGAGACUCACCUUACGAAUACACAGAGGGAGGGGGUCAGUGAUGCAAGGAAGUGGUGGAAGUAAUAGUACGACUACUACGAACAGUACAGCUAAUAGUGUUAGUAACUCACCGGGUGGUGGAAAGUCACCGGACACUAGAGCUAAUAGGACUUCAACGAGACGUUCUGAAAGAGGACCAACUCGGUCUCACGAAAAAAUUAAAAUUAGUGUUAGUUAUCCUAGUAGUGACGCGAUAAGUUCGGUCGCUAAUAACAACGGUUCACCCCCGGGUGGAAGUGUAAACUCUAAGUCGGGUUCCUUUUCCUCGUCGUCUCCAACUUCGUCUGGCCCGCAGUACGCGGUGCAUUACCAAAACGCGAACUCUAACACUAUAUUUAGAUCGAGUGAUCCCAACUGCCACCUGAGAGUGACCGGUGCCAGACUAGCUUCCUCCCAUCGCAGAGGACGACGCAGCAGCACGAGUCCUGACGGGUCGUACUCCAGACCACGUCCAGGACUACUUGGAGAGUCCCUGAACUCCACGAUAGCAAAGGACCUCUCACCGUCCCCGACGUUCGACGACGGCAACCAAGGGACGAAGCCUAAAUUGAUAUCGAGGAUGGGCAAAAGAAACAUCAAGGCACAAGUCAAGAGGUUUCGCAUGGAAACCAAAGCCGCAAAGACUCUCGGUAUCAUAGUGGGUGGCUUUAUUAUAUGUUGGUUACCUUUUUUCACGAUGUACCUGUUCCGAGCCUUUUGUAAAGAGUGCGUGAACGACGUAGCGUUCUCGAUUAUGUUUUGGCUGGGAUAUUGCAAUUCCGCCAUCAAUCCGUGCAUCUAUGCCUUAUUUAGUAAGGAUUUCCGUUUCGCGUUCAAGAGGAUCAUAUGUAGGUGUUUCUGUUCGGGUAAGCAGGAGAGGAGGGACUCGCGGCAUCACCGGAGAGGCUCGGACGGUUCUCAUCUGGGAGUGCGGAGGUGUGAGAGAGGCCGUAGCUCGUCCAGCAACAACAACGAGAUGCCUGCACACAGCACACACCACUCUUUGGGGGAGGACAGUGGUGGUGACAACGAGGGAGGCUCAGACUCGAGAUGACCCUCGACACACGUCGCUGCGACGCUAGUCACUGAGAUGAUCAACAUCAUGAGAAUCCUCCCAUGACGACCACCUUCCUCCCCCUCUCCUACUCCAUCCACCACCAACACGCACCUGUAACCUCCCCCUACCCCACCGUAAUGUUAACUAUAUUAAUGAUAAUCAUUAAGUUUGUAACAUAAAAAUUGAUCUCAUUUAAUGUUUUUAUGUUAAAAAUUAGGUAAUUGUUUAUGGAAUGUGUUACAUUUGGCUUGAGUUUCUAUUAGUUUUAGUUAAUACUUAUUUUCCUAGUAAAUAGUGAAACGUUAUCAAAUAAGGGUUCCACUAAUGGGUACGGAUCUAAUUAUAAAUAAAAAAUCACCUAGACAAAAUUUACAGACAGAUUUUACAAAUAACAAAAACACAAGGUUAUAGCACGUUAUA